CGAGUGCAGCGCGGCGGUAUAAAGGCGUGCGGGCGUGCUUGAUGGACACAGCGCCUCCACCUCCACCGCUGCACACCACGCACUCCUCCACACUCACGCCCUCCACCAUGAGGCUCACGCUCCACCUCCUCCUGCCCGCCGCUCUGCUGGCUGCCGUGGCCGCCGACAAGGGCUUCGGCGGCGGCAACGGCCCCGCCACCAGCUACUCAGCGCCCUCCGCCAACGGCAACGGCUUCGGCGGCGCCAACGGCAACGGUUACGGCAACGGCAACGGCAACGGCAACGGCAACGGCAACGGGUUUGGCGGCAACGGUCCCUCCAACACUUACUCGGCGCCCUCCGCCAACGGCUUCGGCAACGGUAACGGCAACGGCUUCGGCGGCGCCCCCAGCAACACUUACGGCCCGCCCGGCGGCGGCUACGGGUACGAGGACCCCCUGGCCGCAGUGGGCGACAACAUCCCGGGGGGCGGCGAGCCCGGCGUGGACUACCCUGUGCUAGCCGCCGUGCCCGACACUGGCUUCUCGUGCGACGCGCAGACCGUGCCCGGCUACUACGCUGACGCGGCUCCCGAAGCGGGCUGCCAGGUGUUCCACAUCUGCCAGGACCGGCCCUCGGGGCGCCGCCAGCAGGACUCCUUCCUGUGUCCCAACGGCACCGUGUUCAACCAACAGUACUUCGUGUGUGACUGGUGGUACAACUUCGACUGUAGCCUCGCCGAGAGCCUCUACUCCGUCAACGAGGAGGUGGGCCUGGGCGGCGCCGCCGGCUACGGCAACGGCGGGGCUAGGAACGGUAACGGCGCCAGGAACGGCGGCGCUAACGGUUAUGGCAACGGCGGCGCCAGGAACGGCAACGGCAAUAACGGCGCCAACGGAUACGGUACCAACGGCGGCGGCAGGAACGGCAAUGGUGCUCCCUCCACCUCCUACGGCACCCCCUCCAACGGCAACGGCGCCAACGGCGGCAGGAACGGUAACGGCGCCAACGGAGACAGCAACGGCAACGGCGCUCCCUCCACCUCCUACGGCACCCCCUCCAACGGCAACGGUAGGAACGGCAACGGGGCGCCCUCCACCUCCUAUGGCACCCCCUCCAAUGGCAACGGCAGGAAUGGCAACGGCGCUCCCUCCACUUCCUACGGCACCCCUUCCAACGGUAACGGCAGCGGCAGGAACGGUAACGGCGCGCCCUCCACUUCUUACGGCACUCCUUCCAACGGCAACGGAGGCAGCAACGGAUACAGCAACGGCAGCGGCGCCCCCUCCACCUCCUACGGCACGCCCUCCAACGGCAACGGCGCCAACGGUUAUGGCAGCGGCGCGCCCUCCACCUCUUACGGCGCCCCAGUCUAAACUGCUCCCCCUCUACCACCCCUUCCCCACCACAGUGAUCACUGACCCCAGCACACCCGCGAUAACCCCAACAAACCCCAACAAACCCCCAACUAGGCCUAUUUUUAACCCCAUUCGUUCCCUCUCGUUCUAACCCAUGUCCCCAACCCCCAAGAUAACCCCAAUAACAAAAAACCCAUUCCCCACCCCUCUAACCCCCACAACCACAACCCCAGCACGUCGCCCACACCUGAAGCCUCCAUGGUACAAGACACACCUUCCUGCUAAUUAGAUGCGUGGCUAGACUACCUGUCCUUUUACCUGUAUGAAUUAAUAUAUUGAUUUUUUUCACCUUCAAGUUUCAUAUUCUUGCUUUUUUCGGCUUAUACAUUUUCUUUUCAUUGUUUUUUUUGUAGUUCGCGUGUGUUAUUUAUUUUCAUUAUAAUCUAUUUCUCCAAUCUUCGUUUUUUCUUUAUUGAUUUUUUUGUAUUUAUGACUACAAAUUGACUCUUUAAAAACUGUAUGCAUAUUUUGUCUCUCUCUCUCUCUCUCUCUCUCUCUCUCUCUCUGUAACUCAUAUCACCUUCCUAUCAUCAUCUUCCUAUUCUUCUCCCUCUUCCUCUUCCUCUUCCUCCUCUUCAGACUCCUUCAUUACUCUUACAACUACUAUUCCUCUUCCUCUUCCUUCCCUCCUUUACCUCUUGCACUUCUUCUUCCUCUUCCACUUCCUCCUCCUCCUCCUCCUCCUUGUAGAGAACAUAUAUUUGACAGUAAAAUUAUAAAUAAAUCAUACAGUUA